AGAACAUUGUUUUCAUCAUGAGUACCAAGAAAGAGAGAAACCUAAAGUCUAAUACUCAAGAUUUUGACCUUUUUCGUUCCUUAAUGAUGUUAAGCAUGACAGUAUUGUUUCUCCCAGUUAUUGGAACUUCUAAGCAAAAUAUUCCAAGACUCAAGCUAACCUACAAAGACUUGCUGCUUUCAAAUAGCUGUAUUCCCUUUUUGGGGUCAGCAGAAGGGCUGGAUUUCCAAACUCUGCUGUUAGAUGAAGAGAGAGGCAAGCUGAUUCUGGGAGCCAAGGACCACAUCUUCCUGCUCAGCCUGAUUGAUUUAAACAAAAAUUUCAAGAAGAUUUAUUGGCCAGCUGCAAAGGAGCGAGUGGAAUUAUGCAAAUUAGCUGGAAAAGAUACUAAUACUGAAUGUGCAAAUUUCAUCCGAGUGCUUCAACCCUAUAACAAAACUCACAUCUAUGUAUGUGGAACUGGAGCCUUUCAUCCAAUAUGUGGAUAUAUUGACCUUGGACUUCACAAGGAGGAAGUUAUGUUCAAAUUAGACACAUAUAAUUUGGAGUCUGGCAGAUUGAAAUGUCCUUUUGACCCUCAGCAGCCUUUUGCUUCAGUAAUGACAGAUGAGUACCUCUACUCUGGAACUGCUUCUGAUUUUCUUGGCAAAGACACUGCAUUCACGCGGUCCCUGGGGCCUACUCAUGAUCACCAUUACAUUAGGACUGACAUUUCAGAACACUACUGGCUCAAUGGAGCAAAAUUUAUUGGAACUUUUCCCAUACCAGAUACCUAUAAUCCAGAUGAUGACAAAAUAUAUUUCUUCUUCCAUGAAUCAUCUCAAGAAGGCAGUACUUCUGAUAAAACCAUCCUUUCUCGAGUUGGAAGAGUUUGUAAGAAUGAUGUAGGAGGACAACGCAGUCUGAUAAACAAAUGGACAACGUUUCUGAAGGCCAGAUUGAUUUGUUCAAUUCCUGGCAGUGGGGCAGAUACGCAUUUUGAUGAGCUUCAAGAUAUUUACUUACUUCCCACAAGAGAUGAAAGAAAUCCUGUAGUAUAUGGAGUUUUUACUACAACCAGCUCCAUCUUCAAAGGCUCAGCGGUUUGUGUGUACAGCAUGGCUGAUAUCAGAGCUGUUUUUAAUGGUCCCUAUGCUCAUAAGGAAAGUGCAGAUCAUCGCUGGGUACAAUAUGAUGGAAGAAUUCCUUAUCCCCGACCUGGAACAUGUCCAAGCAAGACUUAUGAUCCACUGAUUAAGUCCACUCGAGAUUUUCCAGAUGAUGUUAUUAGUUUCAUAAAGCGGCACCCUGUGAUGUAUAAAUCAGUGUACCCCGUCGCGGGAGGACCAACAUUCAAGCGAAUCAACGUGGACUACAGACUGACGCAAAUAGUGGUGGAUCACGUGAUCGCAGAAGAUGGCCAGUAUGAUGUCAUGUUUCUUGGAACAGAUGUUGGAACAGUCUUGAAAGUUGUCAGCAUUUCAAAAGAGAAGUGGAGUAUGGAAGAGGUAGUGUUGGAGGAGUUGCAGAUAUUCAAGCACUCAACAAUCAUCUUGAACAUGGAGUUGUCUCUGAAGCAGCAACAAUUGUACAUUGGUUCCCGAGAUGGAUUGGUCCAACUCUCCUUGCACAGAUGUGACACUUAUGGGAAAGCUUGUGCAGACUGCUGUCUUGCCAGAGACCCCUACUGCGCCUGGGAUGGAAAUGCAUGCUCUCGCUAUGCACCCACUUCCAAAAGGCGAGCUAGACGCCAAGAUGUGAAAAAUGGAGACCCAAUCACCCAGUGCUGGGACAUUGAAGAGAGCAUUAGUCAUGAAACUGCCGAUGAAAAGGUGAUUUUUGGCAUUGAAUUUAAUUCAACCUUUCUGGAAUGUAUACCUAAAUCCCAACAAGCAUCUAUUAAAUGGUAUGUCCAAAGACAAGGAGAUGAGCAUCGAGAAGAGCUGAAACCUGAUGAAAGGAUCAUCAAAACCGAAUACGGGCUACUGAUUCGCAGUUUGCAGAAGAGAGAUUCUGGGAUGUAUUACUGCAAAGCACAGGAGCACACUUUCAUCCACACCAUAGUGAAGCUGACUUUGAAUGUCAUUGAAAAUGAACAGAUGGAAAAUACCCAGAGGGCAGAGAAUGAGGAGGGGCAGGUCAAGGAUCUGUUGGCUGAGUCACGGUUGAGAUACAAAGACUACAUGCAAAUCCUUAGCAGCCCCAACUUCAGCCUCGACCAGUACUGCGAACAGAUGUGGCACCGAGAGAAGCGGAGACAGCGAAACAAGGGCAGCCCCAAGUGGAAGCACGUGCAGGAGAUGAAGAAGAAGCGGAAUAGAAGGCAUCACAGGGACCUGGAUGAGCUUCCGAGAGCCGCGGCUAUGGCGCUGUCUAUUUAAUUUAAGGAAAGCAUUAUUUACCU